AUGGUCCCGGACCUGCUGCUGUGCUUGAGCUUUGGUUACGCAGCAGCCCUCGGACCCACCUGCCUCUCGGCUCAGUUUAGAAGGCCUGGUGAUUACAUCGUAGGGGGCUUGUUCCCCUUUGGGACGGACACCGUAAACCUGACGGCACGAUCGGAGCCCACCUUCCUUGUGUGUGAAAGGUUAUACGUGGAUGGGCUAAUAUGGGCUCUGGGGAUGAAGUUUGCUAUCGAUCAGAUCAACAACUCCACUUCACUGCUCCCGGGAGUAAAGCUGGGCUAUGACAUAUACGACACCUGCUUCGAGCCAGCCGUGGCCUUACAGCCCAGCUUGCUAUUUCUGACCCCAAACGGCACCAGGGACAUCGGCGUGCUGUGCAACUACACCGACUACCAGCCUCGCGUGACUGCUGUGAUCGGACCGCACAAUUCGGAUCUCUCCCUGGUGACAGCCAAACUAUUCACCUUCUUCUUGAUCCCACAGGUCAGCUACAGAGCCAGCACUGAGAAGCUCAGCAACACAGAGCUGUACCCAUCCUUCUACCGUACUGUUCCCAGCGACAAGAACUUGGUGGAAGCUGUGGCCCUGCUACUGAACCAGUUUGGAUGGAACUGGAUUGCCACCAUUGGAAGUGAUGAUGAAUACGGCCAAGGAGCCCAGGAGCUCUUUUCAAGCAUAGCUAGAAAUCACAGCAUCUGCAUUGCGUUCGAGAGGCUAAUUCCUACGGACCUUGCAGACCCCACAGCCAAAAUCCAACUGGAAGACGUCGUCAGAUCCAUUAACAAGACCGACGUCAAUGUCAUUGUUGUUUUUGCCUUUGUUCAGCCAGCCCAGGCCCUGAUGGAAUACAGCAUCACGAUGGGACUGAGCAAGAAAGUCUGGAUUGGCACUGAGGCCUGGAUAUUGUCCAACACACUUGCCUCCAUCCCAAAUAUUCAGAACAUCGGGACAGUCUUAGGCUUUAUUAUGAAAGUAGGCACAGUCCCUGGCUUCCAGAAAUACGUUGCUGACCUCUUCACCUCUGUCCAGCAGGAUAAAUUCUGCCAGGAGUCUAGAGAAUUCAACCACCUCAUGAACCCUGACAUUACGGACACACACUGCAAACACUGUGACCACCUCACGCUGCAGGACAUCUCGUCCACGCUCAGCCGUCCACAAAUACAACCCGUGUACCUCGCAGCCUACAGCGUGGCUUACGCACUGCACAGAGCGCUGGGCUGCACCCACCGAGCGUGUCCCAGAGCAUCCGUCAGACCUUGGCAGCUGCUGCACUUCAUGGAUACCCUCCCGUUCGAGCUGAACGGCCAAAGUUUCAGGUUUGAUCAAUCACAUGGCACAAACCCUGGCUACAAACUUAUAUUCUGGUCAUGGAAAAACAGCACCCUUACUUAUGUGCCUGUUGGCGACUAUGGAGAGUCCUUGUACGUCAAUAAGUCCCAGAUUCAGUUUCACACUGCAGAUCAAAAGCGGCCUACAUCCGAGUGCUUCGUUCGCUGUAAACCAGGACAAUUCAUACAAAUCAAAGGAUUCCAACUCUGCUGCUAUGACUGUACGGAUUGUCCAGAAAACUCCUUCCGGAACCCCGAAGACAGCUCCACCUGCACUCCCUGCCUGAAGCAUCAGUGGUCCCCUGUCCGGAGCACAGAAUGCUACGACCGCAGCGAGAGAUACCUCUUCUGGAAUGAGCCGGUCACCAUUGUCUUGCUAAUGUUGAUGGCCAUCACCAUAUCCCUGACUUGUUUGACAGCAGUGCUCUUCCUAAAGAGCCUGGAGACUCCCCUCGUGCAGGCUUCCGGAGGCAAACUGAACCUCUUUGCCUUGUUGACACUCCUGCUGCUGUGUCUCAGCUGCUGUCUCUAUAUAGGGAAGCCCAGUAACAACCUUUGUGUAAUCCAGCAGAUAGUCUACGCCCUGUGCCUCAACGGUUGCUUCUCUACCUUCUUCGUCAAGUCCCUCGAGAUCGCCCUGGUGACAGAGUUCCCCCACUGUGCCCCCACCUGCUUGCCCUGGGUGACCCAGAGGAGGGCCUGGCUCCUUGUUGCCUUGUGCCUCCUCACCGAGUGCUUCCUCUGUCUCUGCUAUCUGCACUUGGGCCCUGACUACCUGCUGCUUGACUACAAGUCACUGCCCACUGCCGUUCUGCUUGUGUGCAACACAAAGUCCUGGGUUGCCUUUGCCCUGAUUCACGGCUACAACGGCUGCUUAGCCUUCAUCUGCCUCCUGUGCACGUUCAUGGUACAGACUUCUGGUAAGAAGUACAACGUGGCCAGGGGGAUCACAUUUGCCGUCCUAACCUAUUUCAUCACCUGGAUCUUCUUCAUUGCGAUGUUUGGCACGCUGACGACAGUCUUCAGGUCUGCUACUCAGAUUGGUACCAUUCUGACAACCUGUCUGUGUAUCUUGGGGACCUACUAUAGCCCUAAAUGCUACAUCAUUUUACUUAGACCUGAUCUGAACACAGUGGAUUAUUUCCAGCAUUCCACUACAGAGGAGCCAGAGGAGGCCUCUCCACAAACAGACAAUAAACCGGAUCCGUUGUCACCUGUGCCUCAAUAG